AUGGCUCUCGUGUUGGUCACAUCGUUGCCUCGCACUCUCGCAGUUCGUGUUAGAUAUGGUGUAAAGUAUCCUAAAAUAUGCUGGAAUUUGAACAACAGACCCGUCAUCGGCGUGAGCGUUCGACACAAGUCGACGCCUGCAGCCGCUUCUCUGGUCGGAGAAAACAAUGGUGUGGACACUGCCUCCCAUGAUAACGAGAAAAAGGACCCACUUGACCUGACCUUCUGUGACCAUGAAUCCGCCUUUAAGAGCAAGACGACCUGGGAGGUGUUACGUGCGCUGCUAGUCUUCCAGAUGUGUGGUAUUCAACCUCUAGUGAAAAACAACGAGAAGAUUCUGAAGCUUGGUCAGAAGGUGUUUGGCAAGCGGCUGUUCGCCGCCCUCAUGAAGGGCACCUUCUACGGUCACUUCGUCGCUGGUGAGGACCAGAUCAAGAUCCAGCCCACCCUGGAGAGACUCCGCUCCUUCGGCGUCAAGUCCAUCCUCGACUACUCCGUGGAGGAGGACAUCAGUGCCGAGACUGCCGAGGCCCGCGAGAUGGAGGGGUGCGAGUCCAAGGCGGAGGGAACGAACAAGAUGGAGAGGUACACGCCGCAGCGGAAGUUUGCCGAUCGUCGCUACCAGGUGUCGAGUGCCAGGACCUACUUCUACGUGAACGAGGCGCAGUGCGAGAAGAACAUGGAGACCUUCAUCAACUGUAUCGACGCCGUGUCUGACGCGACGCACGGCACGGGUUUCGCAGCUAUCAAGAUGACAGCCUUGGGUCGACCACAGCUGUUGAUGCAACUUUCGGAGGUGAUUGCUCGAGCCCGACAGUACUUCACCCAAGUUACAGGAGAAUCUGGCCCCAUCCUCUUCUCUGACAUUAAAACAGAUGUGUUUGAGAAGCGGUUCCGUGAAGAAAACAUACUGACCGAUAAUGUCUCCGUGAGAACUUGGCUGGACAACAUGACCUAUGACCAGAAGGGUCUCAUUCAUCUGUUCUCGUGGUCAGGUCUGAUUGAUGCCAACAUCCUCUUAAGUGACUUGUUCCAGUGUCCCAAUCUCCAGAGUGGUCAUAUGGAACCUAUGAUCUCAGCACUUACAAGGGAAGAAGAGGAGAUGUUUAAAAAUAUGAUGCGUAGACUGCACACUAUUUUCCAGUAUGCUAAACAAUGCGAUGUCCGAGUGAUGGUGGAUGCAGAGCAAACUUACUUCCAACCUGCCAUCUCUCGCCUCACCUUAGAAAUGAUGAAGAAAUAUAACCAGGAGAAAGCCAUAGUGUUCAACACAUAUCAGUGUUACCUGAAGGAAACCUUUAAUAACCUCUCCCUUGAUCUUGAACAGUCAUAUCGCCAAAAAUUUUAUUUUGGUGCCAAGCUGGUGCGAGGGGCAUACAUGGAACAGGAACGUGCCCGUGCUGUAGAGCUUGGCUAUGAAGACCCAGUAAAUCCCUCGUACGACGCUACUACCGAGAUGUAUCAAGAAUGUCUCAGGGAAUGCUUGCGAAGAAUUAAAACUAACAAGUUGAUUGGAGAAACACAAAGGAUUGCCAUAAUGAUAGCAUCCCACAACGAAGACACUGUUCGCUACACGGUCAACAAGAUGACUGAAUUAGGAAUCGAUCCUUUGGACAAAGUACUCUGUUUUGGUCAACUUUUGGGCAUGUGUGAUCACAUCUCGUUACCUCUGGGUCAAGCUGGCUAUUCAGUUUACAAGUAUGUUCCUUAUGGUCCAGUGAAUGAGGUACUACCUUAUUUAUCUCGGCGUGCUACAGAGAAUAGUUCCCUUUUGGAAAAACUAGAUAAAGAAAAAACACUGCUGAUGCGAGAAUUGUGGAGACGCCUCACCUCAGGCCAGAUAUUUUAUAAGCCAAAAGGCAACUAUACACCAGUUGGUGCUCAGAAGUAUUAGAAUGACACGGUAUGUCAGUGGCAAACAGAUAGGGCCCGGGGUAAUUUAAGUCAUGCCAUCAGUAUUUUUAAAAUUAUACAAUACUAUGAAAACAAAGUAAGACAUAUAUGACAAGGUCACUUGGGGUUUUUGAGAUUAUCCCAAAUGAUGUCAGUUAUCAUGUCAUAUUUUGGGGGUAAAUUAAUUGUACUUGUGAUGAUUUAGUAAUGGAAUUUGGGGAUAUUUCUAGCAUUGUGGUUUUAAAGAAGAAUUCCAUGUUAUGUGAUAAGAAUCUUUUUUACAGAUUAUUACAGAGGUGGAAAGUAACUAAACUUGGCUUGUUUUCUGAAUAUGAACAGAUGCAGUUAAUGUUUUAUGUAUUACAUCAGCAUUCUUGUUAGGUAAUACCAUUACAGUACUUCAAAGACAAGCCAGGAACAUUCCUUCUUGAUGUAUAAAUGUGCAACAAAAUGUGCUGGGAUAAAUGAGGUACAAUGUGAAUACAGUAUAUAUUGUUUUUUUAUAAGUUGUUCGGUGUUUGUUUUAUCUUUUACUAAUGCCUAUAUUUAUAUAGAUUCAUUAUCAAAAUUAUGGUUAUCAAGGACACCAAAUAUACAGUAUUUCAUUAUAUUCAUGUACUGUACUGUAUUUGUAUAUGGAUGUAUACAAAUGAUCUCCCAAUUUUAAAUAUUUAGUAAGAAAAAAUUAACAAUGCUAAGGCAAAACUUUUACAUAUACAGAUACACAAGAACUCCAAGUUUUAUUUUAAAUUUAUAAAAUUUCAAUACGGGCUCCCUUUGUGGCUCUGUAAACAUCAUAGUGGUAUUCUGUUUCCCUCCAUACAUUUUGUAGAAUAUUAUACUAAAUUUUUGGAACAGUGUCAUGGACGUAACAUGUUCUUCAAUUGUUCCAAAGUUGUUGCCAUUGGUGGAACGAAGACUUCCUUUUUGACAUACCCUCAAAGGAAAAAGUCAAGUGGGGUGAGGUCAGGUAAACGAGCUGCUCAAUUAAUGGGCCCCAUGACCGAUCCAACAAUUGGACAAUUGUUCAUGCGGGUACAUUUUCACUGCAUUGUGAAAAUGUAGUGGCCCACCAUCCUACUAAAGUAAAACAUCCACUUUAUCCUCCUGCAACUGAGGCAUCACUCACAUAUUACAGUGAUAAUUAUAGUACCAUUAACUGUUUUUUCAGCAGAGAAGAAUGAACCUUACACUUACUCACUGGGCAAGAUGUUAUCUCAGAAUUUUCCACACUGUUGGCUGAGGUACAUUAAGUUCACGACUGGCACGAUGUGUAGACUUAUUUGAACUAUUGUACGGAUAAAUUCUUCUUUAAUGUUGCUGAAAUAGUAGCAGGCCAUCCUGAGCUUUAUCCCUCUGCAGAUGCAUCUACAGUAGUGUCGAUACAUUUUAAAUACAACUUAUGAGUUAAAUUUCCACUUGGUGGACCUCUUCCAUAUGUCCUUUGAAAUUGUCACUGAACAGUGAUCACAGAUUGUGUUGCAUGAUACUUGAUCACCCAAAACGCCAUUCUCUUGUGAUGCCAUUUUGACUACUGGGCAAUCGGUACCAUCUAACAUUGUUAGUUUUUCAUAAGAAAUAUUUAAAAUUGGGAAGAUCAUCUGUAAUUACCCUGUAUAUACAGUAAACUAUCCUCACUCUAGUCUGGCACACUUGGUUCUGAAGGCCUACCGGGAUAGUGAAUUUUUAAUACUACCAUCCCCCCCCCCCCCAUCUACAAUCUGGUAUGCAUCACCGAUAAAUCUUUAGUUAAUAAUUGGCAAAAGGUGACACUGAUGCUUACCUUCAUCUGUAUUAGAAUUUUUUACCAACUUAAUUAAAAAAGAUUACCUAGGUAAAGCUUUGAUCUUUGCUUGCCCAGAUGUCUCCUACAGUAUUGUUUGUACAUCACUGUCUGGGAUCAUCAUUUGUGGUAUUCAUUGGCAUUAGCAGAGGUGUAUGGAGCAAGCCUAUUUUUCCCACUGGCAAUACAGUAAGUUGUAUAGGUUUUAUAGUGAAUAAUAUAAAGUUAACACAUGACUGUGAUUAAGCCAGUUUACUCAUGCGAUCGGGAAAUGGCAAAUGUGCAGAAUGUUUCAACUAGUUGCAGCUUAGCAAUACCAAGUGCCAACUGUGAGGGAGAGCAUCAGCCAGUCUUUCUGAGGCCAGGAAUGGCUUACUGAUGUGCCAGAAUACAAAGAGGCUAAUGUAUUACAUACAGUAUGUACAGAUGCAAGGAGUUUAAUUCGUGUUCAGUGUACACUACUGUACUGUAAAUAAGUGUAAGAAUUGCAAAUGAUGGGCAGGUUGUGAGGGUAUUAUUUUAUUGGUUUUACAAGUGGUUGUUCUGUAAUUACAUGUCACUACUGAGUGGAAUUAUAUUUUCUAUGAUUAAAAUUUA